CUUGUUGCUUGGUGUUCUUUGGUGUGUUUGUUUGUUGCUCCUCAUAGAUUCAUUCAAGAGGGAAAGGUGUUGAUCUUGGGCACUACACAUUCAUUUGUGUUCUUGCUUUCCCAACAAGUGGUAUCGGAGCGCCGGAGUAAUCUAUUAUUUGUCUUGAUUGAAUGAUGGAGCCAAAUUACAGCAGGAUGAUCAGUUUGAAUGACACAAAUUAUCACAAAUGGAAGGGUAAAAUGAAGGAUUUACUCUUUGUGAAAAAACUGCAUCUACCAGUGUUUGUUACUCAGAAGCCAGAGUCAAAAAGUGAUGAAGAGUGGGCUUUUGAACAUGAAAUGGUUUGUGGUUUCAUUCGUCAGUGGGUAGAUGAUAAUGUUCUGAAUCACAUCUACAAUGAAUCUCAUGCUAGAUCUUUGUGGGACAAGCUUGAAUCCUUGUAUGCAUCAAAAAUAGGGAAUAACAAGCUAUAUUUGCUUAGGCAAGCUAUGAAUCUGAGAUUCAAGGAAGGUUCUUCUAUUUCUGACCACUUGAAUGAAUUUCAAGGGUGUUUUGAUCAGUUGUCAGACAUGGGCGUAAAGUUCGAGGAUGAGAUUUUGGGACUUUGGUUGCUGAAUACUUUGCCUGAUUCUUGGGAAAAUCUUUGCGUGUCUUUGAUUAGUUCUGCUCUCGGUGGUUCAGUAACUAUGGAAUAUGUCAAAGCUGCCGUUCUGAAUGAAGAAGUGAGACGCAGAACUCAUGAGACAUCUACUUCAAAAUCUGAUGUCUUGGUUACUGAAAAUAGGGGGAGAAGCAAAGACAGAGAUCAUGGAGAAUUCAAAAGGGGCAAGAGCAGGAGCAAGUCCAGGUCAAAAUACAAAAAUGUUGAGUGUCAUUAUUGUCAUAAAAAGGGGCACUUAAUGAAAAACUGCUUCAAGCUGAAGAACAAAGACAAGAAUAAGCCAGAAGGGAAAGAUGGUGAAAAUGAUCGUCAUGUUGCUACCACGACUUCGGGUGAUCUGAUAGUUGUUUCUGAUAACGACUUGAUUAAUGUUGCCUCUGAUGAAUCAAGUUGGGUUAUUGAUAGUGGUGCCGCUUUCCAUGUGACGUCAAGGAAAGAUUUCUUCACAUCUUAUACUCCAGGUGAUUAUGGGGUAUUGAAGAUGGGUAAUGAUGGUCGUUCACAGGUUGUUGGCAUUGGUGUUGUUGUCCUGGAAACCAGAACUGGGAUGAAGUUAGUGUUGAAGAAUGUCCGACAUGCACCAGAUAUUCGCUUGAAUUUGAUAUCUACUAGUGUCUUGGAUGAUGAAGGUUAUAUGAGUACCUUUGGUGAUGGGCAAUGCAAACUCACUAAGGGUUCUNCUUCAAUACCCCAUAAUCACCUGGAGUAUAAGAUGUGAAGAAAUCUUUCCUUGACGUCACAUGGAAAGCGGCACCACUAUCGAUAACCCAACUUGAUUCAUCAGAGGCAACAUUAAUCAAGUCGUUAUCAGAAACAACUAUCAGAUCACCCGAAGUCGUGGUAGCAACAUGACGAUCAUUUUCACCAUCUUUCCCUUCUGGCUUAUUCUUGUCUUUGUUCUUCAGCUUGAAGCAGUUUUUCAUUAAGUGCCCCUUUUUAUGACAAUAAUGACACUCAACAUUU